CUUGUCCCCCAAAACUCGAUGAUGGCUGCUGAAGAUAUCAGCCAUGAGCCCAGGGCUCUCGCAGCAUCCGCCGACGGACUUGAGAUCCAGAAGUCAAAGAUCGAUGCAGCUUCAACAACCUUCGAAGCAUCUGGUGAUGUCGAGAUCCAGGGCGCAGACGAGCCAGAGAAGACGUAUUACAGCAAGCUCUCGGUCUGGCUCAUGGUUCUCUUCUCCGGCUUAGCAAUAGGUUCAGAUGGCUACAAUGCCGCGGUCAUUGGCAACGUGGAGCUUCUCCUGGCCGUGUUGUAUCCGGAGGCUCUGACAGAUGCCAUAUAUGACCGGCUGAGCAACGCUUUCCUCAUCGGAAUGAUCCUCGGAAUGCUGCUAUUCGGCGUCGUCGUUGACCAGCUGGGCCGCAAGACAGGGGCCGUGGCAACUACAACCCUUCUGGUUGUCGGCAUUGUGCUGUCUGCUGCUGCUAGCGGGGACUCCCCUACAGGGAUGUUCUGGAUGUUGAUUGUCGCGCGCGGUAUAGCUGGCGUAGGAGCCGGCGGUGAGUACCCCGUCUCCGGCGCAGGCGCUGUCGAAGCAACAGAUGAGAGCCACCAAUACCGCAAGCACCGUGGUUUCAUGUUCGCCAUGCUGGCCGAUCUCUCCAGCUCGCUGGGUUAUGUCUGGGGGGGCCUUGUACCUUUGCUAUUGCUCCUGUGCGUCGGCCAGGAGGUUGACAAGUAUGACGUCGUCUGGCGAACUUCGUUCGCACUCGGCCUUGUCCCACCGUUGGUCAUCUUUUGGUUCCGCUUGAAGAUGGCCGUCUCCACCGCUUAUCGCAAGUCAGCCCUUCGCAAACAGAGGACACCAUAUCUCCUUGCCAUCAAGAGAUACUAUCGACCUUUAAUCGGUUGCGCGACUACGUGGUUCCUUUAUAACUGGAUCUCGAUACCGUUUGGAAUAUUCAGCUCCACCAUUAUAUCACGCGCCAACAUUGGUGACAAACAGCUCGUCAAGAACUUUGGGUGGGGGACACUGAUCAACUGCUUCUAUAUCCCAGGUCCGUUCCUUGGCGGAUAUCUUAGCGACAAGAUUGGACGUCGUAAGACCAUGGCCCUCGGUUUUAGUCUACAGGCGGCUCUCGGAUUUAUCCUCGGUGGGGCCAUAUUCCCCAUCCAAAACGUCUUCCCACUGUUUAUUGUCCUCUAUGGUGUCUUUCUGACUUUGGGGGAGGUUGGCCCCGGCAGCACUGUGGUCCUGACGGCCUCGGAGUGCUUUCCCACGUCGAUCAGGGGGCAGAUGAUGGGCUUCAUUGCAGCUUGGUCUAAAGCUGGCGCCGCGAUAGGCACACAGGUAUUUACCGCAAUUCUCAAUGCAUACGCUACCGACCCAUCAAAGGGGAACCAAGUGGCUUUUCUUAUCGGCUCGGGUUUCGCAGUUCUGGGAGCAUUGGUGGCAUUCUUUGUGAUUCCAGAUGUAUCUACAAAGCUGGAGGAUGAUGAUAGGGAAUGGAAAACCUACCUUUCCCAACACGGGUGGGAGGGAAGCGGCUGGGGCGAUAAGGCGACUCAAGAUCCAAGCGGUGUGAUACUAAACCAAAAAGGUUCAUAG